UAUAAUCACGUAUUGUGUUAUCCUGCCAGGUCUGCAAAUGCCACCCAUGAAGUCAUCAAUGUCACCCUCCACACUACGCUGGCUGCUACUACCAAAUUGGUGGUACCUACACCUGCUAAACCUAUCCUUCCAGUUCAGACUGGAGUCCAAGCACAGCAAGAGGAGCAAUCUAGUGGCAUGACGAUUUUUUUUAGUCUUCUUGUUUUAGCUAUCUGCAUCAUAUUGGUGCAUUUACUGAUAAAAUACCGACUUCAUUUUUUACCAGAGAGCGUAGCUGUUGUUUCUUUAGGUAUCCUUAUGGGAGCUUUUAUAAAAAUCAUAGAGGCUCAAAAGCUGGCCAACUGGAAGGAGGAAGAAAUGUUUCGUCCAAACAUGUUUUUUCUGCUUUUGCUUCCACCUAUUAUAUUUGAAUCUGGAUAUUCAUUGCACAAGGGUAAUUUUUUUCAGAACAUUGGUUCCAUCACUCUAUUUUCUGUAUUUGGCACUGCAAUAUCAGCUUUCAUUGUAGGUGGAGGAAUUUAUUUCCUGGGCCAGGCUGAUGUAAUUUAUAAACUCAACAUGACAGACAGUUUUGCAUUUGGGUCUUUAAUAUCUGCAGUUGACCCUGUGGCUACUAUUGCCAUCUUCAAUGCCCUCAAUGUGGAUCCUGUACUUAACAUGUUGGUUUUCGGAGAAAGCAUUCUCAAUGAUGCAGUCUCUAUUGUCUUGACCAACACAGCAGAAGGUUUGACAAGAGAAAACAUGUCAGAUGUAAGUGGAUGGCAAACUUUUCUUCAGGCACUGGGAUACUUUCUUAAGAUGUUCUUUGGCUCUGCAGCACUUGGCACACUUACUGGCCUCAUUUCUGCAUUAGUGCUAAAGCACAUUGAUUUGAGGAAGACACCCUCCCUAGAGUUUGGGAUGAUGAUUAUCUUUGCUUACCUUCCUUAUGGACUUGCAGAAGGUAUCUCACUCUCAGGUAUCAUGGCCAUCCUCUUCUCCGGCAUUGUGAUGUCUCACUAUACACACCAUAACUUGUCCCCGGUUACACAGAUUUUGAUGCAGCAGACACUGAGAACUGUUGCUUUCAUGUGUGAAACGUGUGUUUUUGCAUUUCUUGGGCUGUCAAUUUUUAGUUUUCCUCACAAGUUUGAAAUGUCCUUUGUCAUCUGGUGCAUAAUACUUGUUCUGUUUGGUAGAGCAGUGAAUAUUUUCCCACUUUCCUACCUACUCAACUUUUUCCGUGAUCAUAAAAUCACCCCCAAAAUGAUGUUUAUCAUGUGGUUUAGUGGUUUACGAGGUGCAAUUCCCUAUGCCCUCAGCCUCCAUUUGGGCUUGGAACCAAUAGAGAAGCGGCAGCUCAUUGGGACAACAACAAUCAUCAUAGUAUUGUUCACGAUUUUGCUGCUGGGAGGAGGAACCAUGCCCCUCAUCAGACUGACCGACAUUGAGGACUCCAAAGCACGCAAGAGGAACAAGAAGGACGUUAAUCUUAGCAAGACAGAGAAGAUGGGAAAUACCAUAGAAUCUGAACAUUUAUCAGAGCUCACAGAGGAGGAAUAUGAAGCCCAGUACAUAAAACGCCAGGACCUCAAAGGGUUUAUGUGGUUUGAUGCCAAGUAUUUGAAUCCUUUCUUCACCAGAAGACUCACACAAGAAGACUUGCAUCAUGGACGCAUACAGAUGAAAACUCUCACAAACAAAUGGUAUGAGGAGGUACGACAAGGACCCUCAGGAUCUGAAGAUGAUGAGCAAGAGCUGCUAUAGCAGACCUGGUUUUCAGUGAGUUUAUCAUUAGAAAGAGGAUUUAAUUAUCAGGAGUCUGACUGCAUGAAAGCUGAGAGUGAACUUCCUGAUUUCAGACACGUCUUGUGCUACAUGUUUAGGUAUAAAACUGCAGAUCUGCUGUGCUUGAUGUUACUAGUCAGUGAUGGAAACCCAGAAGUGUCAGACAUUGGACUGAAUGAAGAACCUUUCGUUCAGAUUGUACAGCAUAGUAAAUCUCAUGCAGCCUGUUGAAAAGCAGAAACACCUGCCAUGAAAUGAUGACACUGUUUGCUAGGGAGGUCAUCUUCUUAUGAAAUCUGCUGUAAACGUGUGCUGAAGUACAGAGCCAUUGUAUGACUCUGCAAAACAGAAUGAAUUGCACUUUAUUUUUUUUUUUAAUAUAUAUAUUUUCAUUCACAGCAUGGAGAGUCUUGACAGUUUAUACUGUGAAUUUUUUUCAGCACUAGUAAGGGAAUCUUACUGGAAUAAAUGUAUG